AUGGGAUUGAUUAUAGCCUGGAAGCUCGCAUUGGUAAUGAUAGCAGCACAACCCAUUAUCAUAAUUUGCUACUAUUGCAAGCGUGUCCUGCUCAAAAGCAUGUCAAAAAAGGCCAUCAAAGCCCAAGAUGAAAGUAGCAAGCUUGCAGCGGAAGCUGUUUCCAAUAUUCGUACUGUCACAGCCUUCUCCUCCCAAACAAGAAUUUUACAGAUGCUUGAGAAAUCCCAAGAAGGCCCACAAAAAGAAAAUAUUCGCCAAUCAUGGUUUGCAGGUAUAGGGCUUGGGAUCUCUCAAGGCCUCAUGACAUUAACUUGGGCUUUGGAUUUCUGGUAUGGUGGUAAAAUGGUUGCAGAAGGCUUCAUGGGAUCAAAAGCACUGUUCCAAACGUUCAUGAUCUUGGUGAGCACAGGCCGUGUUAUAGCCGAUGCUGGGACUAUGACAAAUGAUCUAGCUAAAGGAUCUGAAUCAGUUGGAUCAGUUUUUGCAGUGUUGGAUCGGCGUUCCUUAAUUGAGCCAGAGGAUCCAGAAGGCCACAAGCCUAAUAAGUUAACUGGACAUGUGGAGUUACAAGAUGUUGAUUUUGCCUACCCUGCAAGGCCCAAAGUGAUUAUCUUCAAAGGCUUUUCAAUUAUAAUCGAAGCCGGAAAAUCAACAGCAUUAGUUGGAGAAAGUGGCUCUGGAAAAUCAACCAUAAUAGGGUUGAUUGAAAGAUUUUAUGAUCCAGUUAAAGGAGUAGUAAAAAUCGACGGCAUAGAUAUAAGGUCAUAUGACCUAAGGUCAAUGAGGAAGCAUAUUGCACUUGUAAGCCAAGAGCCCACAUUAUUUGCCGGUACCAUACGUCAAAAUAUCACAUAUGGAGCAUCAGAACACGUCGAUGAAGCUGAGAUCAUCGCGGUAGCUAAGGCAGCAAACGCCCAUGAAUUUAUUGCAAGUUUGAGGGAUGGGUACGACACAUGGUGCGGUGAUAGAGGGCUACAGCUAUCCGGCGGGCAGAAGCAACGAAUUGCCAUAGCACGUGCCAUUUUGAAAAAUCCCGCGGUGUUGUUACUAGAUGAGGCCACAAGUGCGUUAGACAGCCAGUCAGAGAAGGUGGUGCAAGAUGCACUUGAGCGUGUGAUGGUUGGGAGGACCAGUGUAGUUGUGGCACACAGGCUAAGUACCAUACAAAAUUGUGAUAUGAUUGCUGUUUUGAGCAAAGGGAAAGUGGUAGAACAAGGUACUCACUCUUCCUUGUUAGCUAAAGGGCCAAAGGGAGCGUACUAUUCAUUAGUUAGUCUCCAAAGGACUCCUAGCACUCAAUCAACUAAUUGA